GCAGUUUGUGAAGUCAUUUGUGUCGUUUUUCUGUAAUGACUGGUGAUUCCCACACAACACGUGACCACGCUGUGUCGAAAACGUCAGGGGCCGUUGUCCAGAACCCAGCGCGAGCAGAGAGGAGGAGGAGGAGACGGCGAGAGUACAUUUCGGCAGUUACUUCGGAGUAAACUUACCUCAGAGAUUGUUGAAGCAGAGUGAGCUUUUCUCUACAUCAUGUCCCAGGACAAGAGUAGGUACCCCAUAAUGGGUGAGACCAACCCACUUCAUAAUGAUGUCUAUGGACCCCCUCAGCUAGGGUUCGGUGUGCCCCCCCCAAACUACAGCCAAGCCCCAGGGGGGCCCUACCCACCAGCAGCCGGAUAUGGGCAGCCCGGAUACGGACAGCCCGGAUACGGACAGCCUGGCUUUCCCCAGGCAGGCCCAGGCUUCGCUCCCGGUCCCUACCCUCAGAUGCCCUAUCCACAGGGACCGUACCCUCAGGGGCCAUAUCAGCAAGGACCUGCACAGCCAGGCUUUCCUGGAGACCCCAUGGCACCACCUGUAGGUAGCCCUGGUUACCAUGGUGACGGGCCUCCAUCUUAUUACGACAACGAUGAGUUCACCAACUCCGGAUUCGAGGACAAGAACAUCCGACAAGCCUUCAUCAGAAAAGUCUUCAUGGUUCUCACUGUGCAGCUGCUGAUCACUUUCUCCUUCGUUGCUGUCUUCACCUUUGUCGAUGAAGCCAAGUUAUUUGUGCGUAAGAAUACGUGGACGUACUACGUGUCCUACGCAGUCUUCUUCGUGUCUUUGAUUGUCCUCAGCUGCUGUGGUGACUUCCGCCGCAAGCACCCCUGGAAUUUGGUUGCUCUGGUGAGAACUUUUCCAAACUCCUUCCACUCCUUUUACAGCUUAGACAGUUGUGAAAGCAGUGCUAUGUAUACAUUCCAUUCUGCAGCUGUAUUUUUGGCUAGCUGCAGGCCUUGAUUUCUGGAAAUGGGCUGCUUGCUGCUGAGCUUCUCCAUCCUGUGCAUCUUCAUCCGCCACAAGAUCCUGCACAUCGUCUAUGCCUCACUGGGAGCGCUACUCUUCACUUGCUUUUUGGCUGUUGAUACUCAGCUUCUCCUGGGAAACAAGAAGCUGGCCCUGAGUCCAGAGGAAUACAUUUUUGCUGCACUUAACCUCUACACUGACAUCAUCAACAUUUUCCUCUACAUCUUGGCAAUCGUGGGACGCUCCCGCGAGUGAGGCAGCACCUAGAGGAGAACAGCUGGGAGAUGAGGAACGCCUCCCUUUAUUUUGAAAUGUUGCUAAAAUGCCCCUUCUCGUUGACUUCAUUACUUUAUUUGAUCCCCUUUUGUUUCCUCUCCCAUCACACAGAGUUCUAUUUUUAAGAGGUAGUAGGUGCUGAGGAGAUGAUGCAGCUGGUCUUGACAGUCAGCUGAGAGGGGCACUAUUUAUUUAGUGGAAUAAAAAUAUUGCAAUUAAUGACAGAGCAUAAUCAUCUGUCCUCACCUUUGACCAUUGUGCUUGCUCUAACUGUCCUCUGCUUCUAUUAACACAGAUGGCUAUGUCUAUACCUACACCUCGACUUCUCGUAUGGCAGAAUUAAACAUUCAGGCUCUGCUGCAGAAGUUGAAUAGAAAAAGAGCAGGAAUGAUUAUGCCGACACACAGAUGAAACCAGCUUUGCCUAAAGAGAAGUUAGUGUUAGAAAUGCCAUCUUCCUUCGACUGUCUGUUUUCACAAACUUUGUCUCUCCCUUUCAGCCUGCUGGUGUAAAGUAACUCUGCAUGGCAAACUGGAAACACAACUAAAGACAUGGUAUGGUUAUCUACAACUAUAAGAGGAAUGCCUCUAGCUUGCUUGUCACAGCUGUAAAUAGUUAAUGUGUUUUACUGUAUAUGAUGCCAGUAUCCCCCCUACCUCUGAAAGAUGUGCUGGAGUAAUUUAUAUGGAUGUGUCCAGCAACGAGUAAAAGCUGUUUUGAAUGGCAUAAGAAUGAAGCUUGUUGUUGGAUGUGUAACAUAAAUGAACAUAAAUUAUUGUAUUAUUACAGAAUAUCUUUUCAAAAUUAGGAUUUUUCUUUUUUCUUGUUCUAAACCUGAAAUGUUCUCUUAAUUUCCCCGUUUCUUUAAUUUACUCCUUUUUUGGGGGGGUCAUUAAUGUGAAUUAAAAAUUACUCUUUGUGUGGGUUUCUUUGUCAUGAUAACUAAUAUUAUUUUUGGUUUUGCAGUUUUUGUCCAUGUUUAAAAACUAAUGUAGACAGGUGCUGGGCUUUAAAGACAUGAAACUUUGAAUUUGUGGUAGAUACUGGGGUUUCUUUGAAUUUGGCGCAAGGUUUAGAGGAAACUUGGAGACUGUAACGUCAUCACACAAUAGCAUUUUGAAACCAUUACUUACUGACUGCAGUUUUGUUUUUGUUUUUUUGUUUUUUAAAGUGAAACUCACAGAAUAAAUCUUAAUGCACUGGAAGCCAAAGUACAUGCAAGGACAUUGAAGUUGAAUGAAACAAUAUUGUUAUUCUCUAACUUGUUUUGAUUUUUUUCACCCCUUGCAUGACCCUUUCCUCGUCUGCAUGUGUGAAAAAUGUACACAGUACAGCUGUUCUUGUUUUGGGGACACAUUGGUGUAUUGAACCCCAAUUAGACUAUUUUUAAAAUUCCUGUGUUUGUAUUUAACUAACAUGUCUGUAUAUAGAGCUCCUUAGUGGUGUGUAUAGGUAAAGUAAGUUUUGGGCUUUGUAGGUCUGUUCGCAUUGUAUAUUUGCAUCAAAUCAAACUUGAACUAAACCCCCCUACACAGCUGUUUGGCUUUUCAUUAAAAUGGAUACAGUGAUUAACAAGUUUGA